GCUAUCUCGGUGACGCGAUGCGGGUCGGCGCCGGGGCAAAGCUAUGGAAGCAGCUCGCGAACGCCGACAAUGCGCACCAAGUUCUUGGGUGCAUACGUGGCGCGCGCUCCAAGCCUCGACGUCGAUACCAUCGUCCUUGUCUGCCCCCAGUACGACGGUCGCCGCUUCGAUCUAUGACAAUGUCAGCUGUUGGCGCAUGCCCACCAACAUGGCCGAGUGUCUCUUUCUCGACAAGAUGCGACAGACGUUUCUGCCGACGACGAUUCGGCGCAAGCCGCGGCGCAAGCAGCCGCGGUAUACGAUCCAAGGCCACCACAUGAAGGAGUUCAAGCCGCGGAAGCGCGCGCGCAAUGAGACGACCGCCAAGGCCGUCGUGGCCGUGGCCACACCGACCGCCGUUGUCGUCGUCAACGAUGCACCCGACGUCGUCCUCACCCACGCGCACGUAUCAGGGUCCAACCCAAGUCUCCCCGACGGCUGGACAUACAAACCGCUCACGACGCCCCUCACGCGCGUUCGGCCUCUGGCCAACUUGAGCCGCGACCAGAUCGCACUGCACGUCGAGACGCUGCGCUGCGACAGCCGUCUCCAGCGUUUUCGCCGUCUCGCGCCGCUGCUACAGCGGCUCAUGGAGCAUGCGCGCAACACGAAAGGCCUCUUCAACGUCCCGGUGGACCCGAUCGCGCUCAACCUGCCGACGUACAACGCCAUCGUUGCCCAUCCGAUGGACCUCGGGACCAUCAAGAAGACGCUCGACGCGGGCAAGUUCAUUUCGCUCGACGCAUUUGCAUCCGACGUCCGGCGCGUCUUUACAAACGCGAUGCUCUUCAACGGCAAGGACCACUGGGUGCACGCGAACGCCAAGAUCUUAUUGCAGUGUUUUGAAGAUCUCUACGGGGCCGAGCUGCUCAAAGCGGGCGCGGAGAGCGAGAAGGCGGCGGCACACGCGUGCAACGUCUGUGCCGGCCACAUCUGCGCCUUGUGCGACGACGGCUGCCUCGAGCUCACGCUGCCGCACUACCAAUGUUUUGGCAACUGCGGCACGGUCUUUCGGAAAGGCAUGAGCUACUACGUGACCCGUGACGGCACGCGCAUGUGGUGCAUGAAGUGCCGGAACCGCGGCAUGAAGGAAGAGAAAACCAAGCGCGACGAAGACGAUGAGAACGGCGGUAACAGUAGCAGCUACCCGCGCGGCGCGCCGCGCGCGCUCUGGCCGACCGCGGCCGAGAUGGCGCCGCUCCUGAGCAAGAAAAAGUGCGAAGUCGACGUCGAGCCGUGGGUCCGCUGCGGGACGUGCGACCGAUGGAUGCACCAAGUGUGCGCCCUCUUCAACGCGGUCGAGGACGCGUACGCGUCACCACCGACCUCGUCGAGCAACGCGUUCGUGUGUCCGCUGUGCGAGCUCGAGCUCGAGGCCACGCCGGCGCCGUCCGCGUCGGUCGACUGCCGGAGUCUGCCCGAGUCGCCGCUGAGCCUCUACCUCGAAGCGCGCUUGCGGACCGAGAUUCCCGAUGUCGAUGCAGACUCGCUGUUUGUGCGCGAGUCGACGUUCGCGAACCACAAGUUCGUCCUGCCGCCGUCGAUCGUCGACGCGUUCCAAAUGAACGCGGACGCGCUCCGUGCCGCGUGCCCGGACGCGGCGCACGAAGCGCGCGAACUCCCGGUCCGCGUCUCGUUUGCGACCAAGUCGAUCUUUCUCUUCCAGAAGCAGCAAGGCGUCGACGUCUGCCUCUUUGCCAUGUACGUACAAGAGUACAACGACGUCUGCGAGCUCGUUGAAAACCGACGCAGUGCGUACCUUGCGUACAUUGACAGCGUCCGGUACCUCCAGCCGCCGACGAUCCGGACGCGCGUCUACCACCGCAUCCUCCUCGCCUACUUUGACUAUGCGCGCCAUCAUGGCAUGGACCGGAUUCACAUUUGGAGCUGUCCGCCCACCCGGAGUCAAUCGUACGUGUUUUGGUGCCACCCGAGCUUUCAGAAGACGCCGAGCGUCGACCAUCUCCGCGCGUGGUACAAGCGCGUCUUGCAGAAAGCACAUGACGAGAAGAUCAUUGACGGCUACACCACGCUCUACGAACGGUACCUGGCGCCGCUCCAGGCCAAGUACGCCGCCAAAGCGAAGGCGCCGGAGCCGCCGCCGCCGCUCUCAAGCGACAAGACGACCAACAUGGCGAUCACGACUCGCCGCGUCUCGACCACGACGCUGCUCACCGACAAGGACGAGUACCUCUGGCCGGUGCCGCUGCCGUUCUUUGACGGUGACAUUGUCCCGUCCGAGCUCGACCGCGUCAUCCGCCAGCUCAAGUCCAAGAAGCGCAAGAAGAUCUGGGCCGCGGACGCGCCACUGUACGACGACGACGGGCUGCACCGCAUGCGAGAUACGUUUUCCAGUUUUUUGAGCGCCAUGAAGAUCGUCAAGGACGACUUGCUGGUCGUCGACUUGGCGCCGCCGACGUCGCCGCUCGCGAUCCCGACAAGCGCUCAAGAACGGACGAGUGCGAUGCCAGCGUUUAUCGGAUCGCGCUUCUCGUUCCACCAGCUCAGUCUCCGCGCGUCGUACCAGUUUGACUCGCUGCGGCGCGCCAAGCACUCGACCAUGAUGCUCUUGCACCACAUGCUCAACGCGUCGGUGCCCCAAGUCAACGUCUUUUGCGCCGAGUGUGCGCUGCUAUUGACGCACGCGGAUUACGCGCUCUGCGACUGGUGCCACCUCUGCCAUGGUGACCAGCACGCCCACCGCCUCGAGCGCGACGAGCCGCCCGCCAACGAGCAGCACCUCGGCCUCUAA